GAGUGAGAGGGAGAGAGAGAGAGAGAGACCAAAAGAAAGAGUGGGCAGCCACUCUGCACUCUGGUGGUUCUUGUAGCAGCGUCACUGUUUGCCUGAUCUUCAAACAGUUCAACUGUGGAACUGUGGUUCAUGCAAGAAGACUCAGCGUUUAAGACUAAUUCCAGUGGACGUAUUCAAAUGGACACGGCUAGGUUUUCUCCUCCACUUUUCUUGGACUGAUAACAGCACUUCCACGCCACAAACUAAUAUCGCUUCAACUUUGUGAGCCUUUUGGAUUCCCCUUUUUGGAAGGAAAACAUGUUGUUUUGGUUUUCUGAAAGGACUUCGAGCCGUGCAGGACGAGACUUCUGAGGCGUGAAAUGUAAGCAAUGAACGGCAAAAAGAAAGAAACUCUUAAGAAACUUUUAUGUGAAAACGCCCUCACUUUGUGGGACUGAAUUGAGCCAGUAAAUAAUGGAUUUCAAUGAAAGCACUCCUACACCUCCCUCUGAGAGCGGAUCAGGCGCCCUGGGACUCUGGAUAUUGAUUGUAAUGUUAACCAUCAUACUGACCAUAGUGGUGGGAAACCUUCUGGUCAUCAUCGCUGUGGCGCGUACGGCACAGCUACAAACGACGACGAACAUCUUCAUUAUGUCCCUAGCCUGCGCUGAUCUCAUCAUGGGGGUCCUUGUGGUGCCUCUUGGGACCACUAUUGUGGUGACAGGUCGCUGGAUGCUAGAUAGGAAAAUGUGUGAACUCUGGACGUCUGUCGACGUGCUCUGCGUGACUGCGAGCAUUGAGACACUUUGUGUCAUAGCAGUAGACAGAUACAUAGCCAUUACAAGGCCGCUACGAUACAAGGUCCUACUCAGUAAGUGGCGAGCCCGAGUAAUAGUUUGUUCAGUUUGGGUAGUGUCUACCUUAAUUUCCUUUGUACCAAUUAUGCAAGAGUACUACAGAGACUCUGACCCAGAAGCAGAGAGGUGCUAUGCUAAUAACGAAUGCUGUGACUUUGUGACCAACAAGGGCUAUGCUAUUGCAUCUUCAACAGUGUCUUUUUACAUUCCGCUGCUCAUCAUGAUAUUUGUGUAUGCUAAAGUCUUUAAAAUAGCGAGACAGCAAGUCAAGCUCAUUGAUAAGAGUCGGAUGCGAUUCCAGAACGAGUGUCCAACAAUGCAGAUGCAAGUCGGCUCCCACUUUAACAACAUCCUGCCGUCGACGUGUACGAGCUCCAGCAACUGCAACAGCGCGGCGAGGACGAAGAGCACCAAGCGGAGGCCGUCGCGGCUGAUGCUCGUCAAAGAGCACAAGGCCCUUAAGACUUUGGGCAUCAUCAUGGGGACCUUCACUGUUUGCUGGCUGCCGUUCUUUGUAGCCAACAUCAUCAACGUGUUCAACAGAGAGGCCUCCAUAGGGUGGCUUUUCCGACUGUUAAACUGGCUGGGUUACAUCAACUCGGGUCUCAAUCCCAUCAUCUACUGCAGGAGUCCAGAGUUUCGUGCUGCUUUCAAGAACUUGUUGGGCUGCCCGUGGCUGUCCACCAUGUGGCUCAACGCUUUCUAUAAAGAGCUGCGGACUCGCUGCCCCUGCUUUCUAUGGCAAGCUGAGUCAGGCUCAGCUGGCUCUUUCCAAAAGACUUCAACCAGUAGAACGGAGGGCACGGAGAGCCUGGCCAGUACACACGAACACAGAAAAAGUGAGGAGGCUUCGCCUUGUCCUCUGCAGUCCAACGGCAGCACACCCUCUGGUGACUUUUCAGAACCAGAGGAGAAACUCUUUAUGUUGCAGGAAAAGGAUGGAUGAACCGUAAAAUGUCAAUCUACUGAAGCAAGCUACAUUCUCCAAGUUGUCACUGUGAUUCCUGCAAAGUCUGAGACCAAACGAUAGGGAAGCUAAAGAAAAGUACUGUACAAGCACCAAGUCACGGAAAACUCUUCUGAAGGAAGUUAAACCCAAGGACUGGACUGAAACAGCUGAUUUUGGACUCUGACUUUUGCUCUUGUCGAGGGACUGCAGAUCAGACCUUCGCAGACAUUAGGUGACACCACAGAGAGACCACCCAGUGUCGUCUGCAUACUGUUUGCAAAAGAUUUUGUUCCUGAUAACAAUUUUAAAUGCAUUCCAGUAAACGUUUGGACACUGCGUAUAUGGCCUGUGGUCAAAAGCAUAAAUUUAAAGUGAUUUUGUACAGUAUAUUAUAUGGUAAGUUAUGUAUUUAUGAUACACUGAAUCUGUAGCAAGAUACAAAUGCUGUCUAAAGCAUACAUGUGGCAAGGCUGUCUUCACUGUAGAAGCAUUUUCAUCACCUUUCAGUGUGAUAUCAACUAAACCGGUGAGCUGGUCGUUGAUAUACUCUCAUGUUUGUUUAAAAUCUUAAUGUUUAGAGCCUGGGCUCUGUAUCCGCACAAUAGUUAUGUUGCUUAAAACCCCUGAUCUAUGUUAAAUUAUACCAUGGCUGUGGAAAUAACACAAUUCUGGUUUAACCAUCAGUAUAUAUGAUGUUGUACAAGGUACAGUAUUAUAACACUGCUGGAAAACAGUAGUAAAAUAACGAAAAAAGUCUGCUAUCGACUAACAUUGCUAGCAAACUCUCUGCCUGUUUUCCUUGACGAGUAGCCAUGGUGUAAGCUCAGUAACACGUUCUGAAACGUUCAAAUACGGAAAAAUGAUGGACUCGAUCGAGGAAACUCUGCCUCCACUUCAUCCGUUGUUUUGCUGUAUGGAAACACAUUGAGUUGUUUCAUUACUUACGAAACAACAUCUGCUGCAUUGAAAAAUAAAAUAUUCUACAGUGUGACGAACUGA